AUGUUUCCCACAAGGUUACUACGAGCGCACCACGGCGAGAAGCCCAACAUCACCGGCUUCGACGUCCGAAAGUUUGCAGCUUCCGCUGGCCAGCCGAGAUACGACCCCUGGGAGAGAGCAGAGGCAUGGCGCUACACUGGACAAUUCUCGCGAUGGAACCGACUCAAGGGUGCCUUCCCAGGAUUGGGCAUAGCGACUGUGGCCUUUGCGGCAUACUGUGGAUAUGAGUACCUCUUCCUCAAGGACGACCACCACCACGGUGAAGAGCACCACUAA